AUGGCCUCGCACGAAGAGCUGAGCCGCCUGUACGAAGGCCAGCUCAUACCUCCGUCCUUCAACGCCGGUUUUGUGGCUCUUAGCUAUGUGGUUAGCUUCAUCGGCGCCAUGUCGACGCUUGAGUUGAUCAAUCGUCGAACGGCGCCGAGGGGUCUGUUCAACCAUGUUCUCCUUGUUGGUUCAGCAGUGGCAAUGGGUGGUGUCGCCAUCUGGUGCAUGGCUCGCUUCCAGCACUUCAUCGGUUCCCUCGCCAUCGUCCUCGCCGACGGCCAAGAAGAACUCCAAAUCUCCUACACAUCCGGCAUAACCGCUGUCUCCUUCUUCGUCCCCAUCAUCGUCCUCAUCCUCGCAUUCGUCGCCAUCGGCGCCGACUCGAGCCACUCGUGGCCCCGCGUCAUCGGUUCUGGCAUCCUCGCCGGCUGCGCCAUCUGCGGAAUGCACUACCUCGGCAACGCCUCCAUCGCCAACUACUCCUGCAUCUACAGGCCGGGUUACGUCGUCGGGUCCGGGGUAAUCGCCGUCGCCGCUAGCACGAUCGCCCUAUUCUUGUUCUUCGUGUAUAGGGCUGCUUGGGCCAACUCAUGGUGGAAGACGUUGGGGUGUGGGAUUUUGUUGGCCGGGGGUGUUUCGGGGAUGCAUUGGUGUGCUGUUGUGGGGACGGCGUAUAGGUUGAAGAAGAUUUCUGUUGGGGGGAAGAGCAUGUCGAGGAAUGUUACGGUCAUUGUCGUUAUUAUCCUGUCUGUGGGAACCUGCCUUAUCAUGGCUGGCACGGCCAUCUACACCGCACGGGUCCGUCGGCAAUACGCCAACAAGGCCCAGCAGGUCGUCCUGGCUGCGGCCGUCUUCGAUCAGCACGGACGCAUUCUCAUCAACCGUAACGGUCUCUUACCCAGCGAAAAGAUUACUGAUACUUUCCUCGACAAGUCCACCCGAGAAAAGUUCGACACCGGAAGCCCCCUCUUCCAAUGGAUGUUCCAAGCCUCCCGCAACUGGUCCGGCAUCCAACCCCUCCUCGACGGCAUGAUGAACCACCUCGCUCAACUCCCCCGCCUAGGCCGCGACCGCGACGCCCGCACAAACAUCAACCUCGUCAGCGAACACGGCGAAGUCGUCAAGAAGUACGACGUCAUCUUCCGCGAGCUCUUUUGUGUUGCUGCCGCCUCCCUUUCGUCUCGUCUGAGGGAGAGUUUCUCUAGUGGCGGAAUCCUCUACGAGGAGAUCCUGCCGACUGGCUCUGGGCGCUUGUCCUUGGAUGAGAGCAGCUCCUUAAACGAGUCACUCGACAGCACCAUUGAUCCCAAGGACGCCGCCCAAGUUCGUGUCAGGGACAUCGAGAAGGAGGCAGAGAGGAAGAAGCAGGGUCGCGCUGCGGGUUCGCUCAUGCUUCUCGUCAAGAAGGUCGAGAGCGAUCGCGCCAUCGAAAAGCUCGGAGCCGCGGGAUACCGAUUCGCCGACGUGAACCAGGUCGCUUCGUACAUCUCCGCCAGCAUGCAGAUCAAAGACCCCAACUUCGAGCACAAACUGAAGCGUCUUGCCAACUACAGCGACUCCAGGAACACUCUCGAGCCCGGCCCCCACGUCGGCCUCUUCGGCAUCCGACCGCGCCACAGCGGCCCCGGCUACGACGUCCUCGUCCGCAAGGAAGCCAAGAACUUACUCCCCAGCGUGCCCCUGCCGGUUGGCAAACUGUCCUCUUCGCAUGUCGAAUUCCUCAAGCGCCUCGACCGCAUGACGGUCGCCGAUAUCGAAAGGAAACUCCCCAUGUGGAAGGACCUUGCACCCAACGAAGCCACCUUCGCCCGCCAUCUCCUCGGCGCCAUUCAGGAUCUGUACGCCUGGGUUGGGGACAAGUGUAUCGAUGACGCCCGGCUCACGGCUAAGACUUUUCGCGUCCCCAACUUCACCCAACGCGACGAGGGGGGAACUCAACAGGAGCACUACAGCGUGAUGAUAGCCCUCCGCGCCGUCAUCCCCGCCGAGGCGAGGGUCGUCAGCGCCAACUGCGUCUUCACGCCCCUCAGCUUCUUCAAGGUACGCCAGCUUACGGCUCCCGGAAGCACGAGCAACUCCGCCUUUACGCGUGCGGUGCACCGAGAGCUCGGUCCGAUCAUCAACGCGGCGCCUCGGAGGAAUCCAGACCAGGAACAUCACCAGAGCACCAUGUUCUCUGGCAAGGGCUUGCCUGGUAAGCUGAGGAGGUUCGGCAGGAAUAGCCCGUACGGACAUCGCGUAGACGGGGAUGGUAAUCCUAUCCCAACUGUCUUUGGGCAAAAGGCCGCCCCGUCGGUAUCCAACCAGUCGAGCUCGACGCUCAAGCUCUGGGGCAGGAGGAGCGUGGACCAAGCUCAUGGGUCGGACCCAACCUAUGAUAAGCCACCCGCACAGGCUCUCUCCAUGCUUGGCGGAAUCAUGAUAUCCCAAGAAGUAACAGUCAACGUGCAGAACGCAUCAGCAGGCAACAGCAGUGGCUCGGAGGACGGGAACAAUGACCGCGCCAGCCAGUCGUCUUACGAGGGGCAGCGACACGGCGUGGGUGACGCGAUAGAGUUGGCGAAUCUUCAUGGCGGAAAGGGGAUGUCGUCGAAUAUCGAGGCGGAGAGGUUUAACGAGCUGGUGACGUUUGUGGAUGAACUUUAUGCGCUAUGUGUUGAUAGGUAG